UGUAGAAGUUCAAGCACACUAUGCUGAAGACCUGUCCUGAGGGUGCUGUACAAAGUCUCCAGAGGGUCAUUUCAUGGGGGAAAAUCCUGCCAAGAACCAUUAUGCACAGCUUAACCAGGGAGAAGAGAAUGAGAUGGACAUAUUUGGCUACAAAACUCAAGGCUGCCGAAGGGCCUUGUGCAUUGCUGGAUACAUCUUGUCCUGUGGGGCUCUGAGGCUGCUGUUUUACUGGAAGCCAGAGUGGGAUGUGUGGAUAAACUGCAUCCAAUCCAGCUUGGAAGAAGCAGAUGUUGUUCUGCUUAGAACAACGGAUGAUUUUCGGACUUACUCUCGUAAGACUGUGACAUGGAUCUCUGUGUCUGCAUUUAUCAAAAGUAGAUCAGACUAUCCAUCCCCUGAGGAAGACUCAAUCUUCAGCAAAGCCAUAAUGAAGCCAAGUUUGCUAGUGAAAACUAUCCAAGUACAAAAAAUCCGCUAUGUCUGGAAUGUCUAUGCAAAACAGUUCCAGAAAGUUGGAGUCCUAGAAGACCACUACACUUGCUCAGCUAUACAUGAUAAAUUUGGUUCUGGUCUCACCUGCAAUGAACAGAAUCUCAGGAGAGUUAUAUGUGGGCCAAACGCUAUUGAUGUUCCAGUGAUCCCUAUUUGGAAACUACUCAUCAAAGAGGUCCUAAAUCCAUUUUACGUGUUCCAGCUGUUCAGUGUGUGUCUGUGGUUUGCUGAAGAUUACAUGGAGUAUGCCACAGCCAUCAUAUUCAUGUCUCUCCUCUCAAUAUUUUUGACCGUAUAUGAUCUUAGAAAGCAAUCCAUUAAACUGCACAGACUGGUUGAGUCUCAUAACAACAUCAUGGUCACUGUCUGCAGAAAUAAGGAAGGUUUCCAAGAGCUGGAAUCACACCAUCUUGUUCCUGGAGAUUUGCUGAUUUUGAAAGAGGGCAAAACCUUUUUGCCUUGUGAUGCCAUCCUGGUCAGCGGGCAGUGCACUGUAAAUGAAAGCAUGCUGACAGGAGAAAGUAUUCCUGUAACAAAGAUCCACCUACCACAAGCUGAUAAUUUCAAGCCCUGGAGAGUGUACUGUGCAGAGGAUUACAGAAAACAUGUCCUCUUCUGUGGAACAGAGGUCAUCCAGACCAAGGCAGAUGACAGAGGAGUAGUGAAAGCUGUGGUGCUGCAGACUGGUUUCAACACAGCUAAGGGGGAUCUGGUGAGGUCCAUUCUCUACCCUAAACCCAUGAACUUCAAGCUGUACAGAGAUGCCCUCCGGUUCCUGAUGUGCCUCAUAGCAUUUGCAGCCAUUGGAAUGAUCUACACAGUGUGUGUAUUUGCACUUAAUGGGGAGGAGACAGGAGAAGUGGUGAAGAAGGCUUUGGAUGUUAUCACUAUUGCUGUUCCACCAGCUCUGCCAGCUGCCUUGACAACUGGAAUCAUUUAUACCCAGCAGAGGCUGAAGAAAAAGGGCAUCUUUUGCAUCAGCCCACAGAGGAUCAACAUGUGUGGACAGCUGAACCUUUUCUGCUUUGACAAAACUGGCACCUUAACAGAAGAUGGCCUGGAUCUUUGGGGCUUGCUGCCCUCUGAAAGAAACUGCUUUCAGGAUAUUCACCGUUUCCCUGCAGACCACAGCCUGCCUUGGGGCCCAGUGUUCAAAGCACUGGCAGUUUGUCAUUCAUUAAUUGUUUGGGAGGGCAAGAUCCAAGGAGACCCUCUGGAUGUGAAAAUGUUUGAGGCCACUCACUGGGUGAUAGAUGAUUCCAGCAGACACCAGAACGAAGGUCAAGGAUCCACACAUGCCACUGUUGUUAGACCUGGACUUCAAGCCACCACUGCCCCUGUGGAAGGAAUUACCAUUUUACAUCAGUUUCCAUUUUCCUCAACCUUGCAAAGAAUGUCUGUCAUUGCCCAGGAAAUUGGUGGGGACCCACAGGCCUUCAUAAAAGGGGCUCCUGAAACAGUAGCCAUGCUGUGUAGAGCAGAAACAGUCCCAUCAAACUUUGAAAGCAAGCUCCUGCUCUACACAGCACAGGGCUUUCGGGUCAUUGGCCUGGCCUGUAAAUCUCUGCAGGGAGGGAAGCUGCCUGCUGCUCUAACAAGGGAGGAGGUAGAAUCUGAUCUGACAUUCCUGGGUCUGUUGAUAAUGGAGAAUCGAUUAAAGAAGGAGACAAGGCCUGUUCUGGAAGAGCUCAGUGCUGCCCGCAUCAGGAGUGUUAUGGUCACAGGGGACAACAUUCAAACAGCUAUAACAGUUGCCAAAAAUGCUGGCAUGAUAGCUCCAACACACAGAGUGAUUCUUGUGGAAGCAAAGGAAGUUUCUGGAUCUUUUCCAGCAUCUAUAACCUGGAAAUCCCUAGAAGAAAAGAAAAUUGAAGACUACAGAGGCCUGGAGGAUGACAGUCAGACUGAGCCAGGAAUCAGGCUGGCAUUGGGAUCAGGCCAGUAUCAUUUUGCCAUGAGUGGAAAAUCUUACCAAAUUGUAGCACAUCAUUUCAGGCACUUACUUCCAAAGCUCUUGCUGAAUGGAACAGUUUUUGCUAGAAUGUCUCCUAGUCAGAAAUCCAGUCUUGUAGAAGAAUUUCAAAAGCUAGAUUACUUUGUGGGCAUGUGUGGAGAUGGAGCCAAUGACUGUGGGGCUUUGAAAGUGGCACAUGCAGGGAUAUCCCUGUCAGAGCAGGAGGCGUCUGUGGCUUCACCUUUCACAUCCAGAACACCCAGCAUAGCCUGUGUUCCAGAGCUAAUCAGGGAAGGCCGUGCUGCCCUCGUCACUUCCUUCUGCAUGUUCAAGUACAUGGCACUGUACAGCAUAAUUCAGUACCUUGGUGUUCUCCUGCUUUACUGGCAACUAAACUCCUUUGGGAAUUACCAAUUUUUGUUCCAAGACCUGGCUAUUACCACUGUUAUUGGUGUGACAAUGAGUUUCACGCGAGCCUAUCCAAAGCUGGUCCCCUACAGGCCUCCAAGCCAGCUCAUCUCACCCCCAUUGCUGCUCUCUGUUGUGCUUAACAUCCUCUUCAGCCUCAGCAUGCAGAUCUUCGGGUUUGUGGUGGUCCAGGAGCAGCCUUGGUAUUCCCAGACAGAUAUUCACAGUGCCUGCCUGUCAGUGAACAACCAUGAGAGGAAUUCAUCCUCCAGCCUGGGGCUCUACGGGGUGAGAGAUGGAGCCCAUGAGCAAGCAGACAAUGGCUUCAAGAGCUAUGAAAACACCACAGUGUGGCUGCUAAGUACCAUCAAUUGCCUCAUUGUAGCACUGGUGUUUUCCAAGGGAAAGCCUUUCAGGCAACCCAUCUACACCAACUAUGUGUUCAUCCUGGUGCUCAUAGGGCAGCUGGGCAUUUGCCUCUUCUUGAUGUUUGCUGACAUUGAUGAUCUCUAUUCCAAGAUGGAUCUGGUUUGCACCCCUACCAUGUGGAGAAUCUCCAUGGUGGGAAUGCUUGCAGUCACACUGGCUGUGUCCCUCCUUGUUGAGGAAGCUGUCAUUGAGAACAGACCCCUGUGGCUGCUUCUGAAAAAGACAUUUGGGUACCACUCAAAGAGCCACUACAAGAGGCUGCAGCACGUGUUGGAGCAGGACCCAGCCUGGCCACCUUUGAAUGAAACCUUCUUCUCAGAUUCUGUGGCAGUGACAGUAGAAGGAAAUAUGGGAGGCCAUAGCAAUCCAACAUUUGACAGCAAUGAGGACUCGCUCUGAGGGAAACUGAAGUGGACACAUAUCCAGGACAGCUGUAUUUGACCUUAAAAGGACUCAGUGACUUAAAAAGAGGAAGGGCUGAUUCAUUACUGAUCUUCCAUUCUAGGAGUAACCAGCUCUUGCUUACAUCUAAAUUAACUGGAAGCACAAAAUCUUCUGCAGUAACAUAAAGCCACAAUGAUGUUUCCUCUGUCCCCUUGCCCAUAUACAAAUGGCUGCUGGCUGAAUAUUGGUAAAGUAUUUGUGGUUGAAACACCCCUCUGUUGAACUGCAUUAUGCAAUCCCUAAGGGUGGGAGAUGCUCCAGAUGAAAAGUAGCUAAUUGCAAUAGCAGCACUCCCCUGGGCAGAUCUCCUUUGAGAAAACAAGUAGAACUUACUCCUGAUAGAGGCUGCUGAGCAUGGGUGUCCCUGGGGUUCCUCAUGGAGUUUCAGAUAUUGCUACUCAGUGUCUUGCUUCUUUUUGGAGGUUUUAGCCCUUCUGGCAAUACUUGGCUUCCACAACUGGAAGGGGCUGCAAACAGCCAAAGCUUUCUGUAAGUGUCCACUCCCAGCACCAUUGUGCUUUUCCCAUGAUGGGAACAAGAAGCACUCUCUUGCUAGCUCACUGCUACCAGGAAACCUGUUUGCCCUCUUAGUUUUGAGCAAGUGAUAUUUGCAUUUUAUGAGUAAAAAAUUGUUGACCUGCAAAGCAGAAUGAUUUCAUUAUUUAACUUUUUUUUUGGCAGGAGGUAUUUUUUUCAGGAUAUCCGUUAAACUGUAGAAUGGAAUGUAUUAAUUACAAAUUGUGGUCUCAUCCUUCAAGGACAUGCUGUCCCUUGUGGGGUGAGCUUGCUUUACCAGGGCAGGUUCUGCACAGAUGGAAUGUCUCCUGGCACCAGUUUUACCAGUGCCAAAAGAAGCAAAUAUUGAAGGGGUUAUUAACCUCAAGGAGUUAAGGCCUGAAAUAAAAGAUAUGGAACCAGCUAGGUCUCAAAAUA